UGUCAAAUAAAAUUAAACUCAGAUUGUUUUUCACAUUUCUAUAUCUCUCUUCCUCUCACGUUUUCUCUGCCUCUCUCUAACCGUAAUCACCAUCACCGUUCCUGUCAGUCGCCGUCGCCAUUUGAGGGCAACUGGUGAUUUGGCUUUUCAUAAAAAUGUGAAAUUGACAUGCCAAUGUUCCUUUCAUGAUCUGCAAACUGAGUUAGUGGCUGAAUAAGGAUAUAUCUUCCAAAGAAUAAAUUACACCAGUGCCUCAAGAUGAGGCAUUCAUGAUCACUCACGUGAAGAAGAACAAAAACACCGAUGAUCCAGACGAAUGGUGUGAGGAACGGGCUGAGCGGACCUACUAUUCAACAUGGGAACUCAGCUUCAACCAAGAGUAGUAGGCAUUCCCGGAAGUCAAGGUCUGUUGGAUGUAGAAGUAUAUUCUACAAAGGAAGCCCGAGUGAGGACUUCCACCAGGAACAGAUUUAUGUGCACCUUAAAUCAGUCAGCAGUGGUCUCGGCUCAAGCAGACAAACAGAAAGUAGGACUUUAGUCAAAAUGUGUGGAAUUACAUCAGCUAGAGAUGCUGCUGUUGCAGCAGAAGCUGGAGCCAAUUUUAUUGGUAUGAUCAUAUGGCCUAAUUCAAAACGUUCCGUUUCACUUUCUACUGCAAAGGAAAUCUCAAAGGUUGCGCGGGAAUAUGGAGCUCAGCCAGUUGGGGUGUUUGUAGAUGAUAAUGCUGACACAAUACUAAGGGCCUCUGAUGCAGCAGACCUUGAAUUGGUGCAGCUUCAUGGAAAUGGUUCUCGAGAUGCUUUUCCAGUUUUAGUCGGGGAGAAACGUAUAGUGUACGUACUAAAUGCAAAUGAGGAGGGAGGCCUUUUGAACUCUAUUUCUGAUGAGGAGUCUUCUCUGGUUGAUUGGAUUCUAGUGGAUAGUGCCAAAGGUGGCAGUGGCAAAGGGUUCAACUGGACUAAGUUUAAGCUACCAUCAAUUAGAAGCAAACAUGGGUGGCUCUUGGCUGGAGGAAUUAACCCGGAGAAUGUUUGUGAAGCUCUUUCUGCUUUUAAACCCAAUGGAGUGGAUGUCAGUAGUGGCAUAUGUGGAAAGGACGAAAUCCAAAAGGAUGAGUCACGGAUACUAUCAUUCAUGAAUGCAGUGAAAUCUUUACGUCUUUAGUCGAUAUUGAUUAGCUACAAAUUGCCUAGUGCAGAUUGUUAAAUCAACUGCAAUGUUGGUGCUGAUCAUCUUAUAAUUUCUCUGCUAAUUAGUGUAGGCCAAGACUAGUAUCUCAUGAUACAUCAAGUUUGUAUUUUUAGAGAAACAUCCAUUUCUUUGUAAGAGUUCAACUUCCCUCAUGUGGUUCAACUGAUUGGCUGUAGACAUUGACUUGUUUGAUAGAGAACGGAUUGACUACCUUGACGACAACUAAUAAACUGCGUAAUGUUAGUUUUGAAAA